AUGCAAUAUGUGAAUGAAGAGGUGAUGGAGAAUAAAAUUGAUAAUGUUAUUGAAGAAGAGGAGGAUGACGAAGAAGAGCAAAGAAAUGAAGACCAAGGAAAUGAAGAGGUUGGACAACAAAGAGAACACGUUGAAAAUGUAGAGGAAGAAGAACAAGGACAGGUUCGUCUUAUUAAACGUCAAAAGGCGUCCAAAUGGGAUCUAACAUUGGAGUGUGACGAGUUUCAAGCGAAGGUUAAAGAAUGUGUGUUAUGGAGAGCUGUUGAGUAUGCACAUGUGGAUUUUGACGAUGUUGCCGUAUCCGCAUUUCUCAAGAGGAAUUAUCCCGAGACAUAUACUAUGCAUCUUCCAUUUGGCGAGAUGGGAAUUACUCACGAUGAUUUCCAUAGUAUCACCGGCUUAACAGUGGAAGGAUGGGAUGCAAGAAAGGAUCAAUGUGGGUUUAGACGUUCUGUGAGGUCCCCUAAACGUGACGAUGAGUAUAAUCCAAGAGAGGCAAAUGGAACAUUGAAAAAGAAGGUGAAGAAAUUCAAGUUGGUAAAGUCGAAGGCAACAUUUGGAGGGACAAAAAAGAAGGUGGAGAAAGGAAAGUUGGUGAUGGAUAGGGAGACCCUUAGGCAUCAUGUCACCGCUUAUUGGUUAUAUCAACUAGGAACUGUCAUUUUCCCCGACACUUCUGGAAAUUGGGUGGAUGCACAUUAUCUACAGCUGUUGGAGCAUCUCGAUGAAAUGAACAAAUACUCUUGGGCCACUGGGGUGCUUGCUUUUGUUCUAGGGGGAUGA